AUGGCCGAAGCACAAUCAAUCGAACGAAAACGAGCAAUACGCAAGGCAAAUCGCGGAGUAAUCACGAAGUACAUCAACGAAGCAAACGAUCUUUUGCACGACGAAGACAGUGAUCGAGACCGUCUUAUUACGAUUCAAGGGCUGCUUCGCGAAAAGCUAGAUUAUAUAAAACGACUUGAUAGCGAGAUUUUGGAAAUUUGCGAAAUAAAAGAUAUCGACAAGGAAAUCAUAGAAUCCGAAGAAAUUAACACUCGAGUUCUCGAUGUAAACAAGAAAAUAUUAAAGGCAACGAGCGAAGGACACUUAGUUACGAAUCAACCGGCAAUAUUCGUGGAAGGUGAGCAUAUAAAUGAACCACAACAAAGCGAACUGCAAAACGAAAGCGUUGUAUCGAAUAAUUCGGCGCCGCAAGCAAGUACAGAUCAAAUUCAACACAAUCAAGUAAGUCAACAACAUCAUGUAACGAAAUCUAAACUCCCAAAGUUAGUACUUCCAAAAUUUAAGGGAGAACUAACCAAAUUUCGAUCGUUUUGGGACUCGUACGAUAGUGCUGUACAUAAAAAUAGUCAGCUGUCAACAAUCGAUAAAUUCAAUUAUUUAUACUCGCUGCUCGAAGGGCCAGCUCUACGUUCAAUUCAAGGUUUAUCCUUGACCGAAGAAAAUUAUCAAUCCGCUGUAGACUUGUUAAACCAACGAUUUGGAAAUCAACAACAAGUUAUUUCGGCCCAUAUGGACGAACUACUAAAAAUUCCGGUGUGUUCAGGCGACAAACCAUCACAACUUCGAUUUGUUUACGACAAAAUUAGCGUUAGCGUAAGAGGUCUCGAAGCGUUAGGAGUAGCUUCAAGUCAGUACGGCAGUUUGCUCAUACCUAUUAUUAUGUCAAAAUUGCCCGCAGAAAUACGACUUCAUAUAGCGAGAAAUACGGUCGAUGAAGUGUGGAAUAUAACUGAUUUGCUCGAAGUUAUGCGUAAAGAAGUAGAAGCUAGGGAGCUUAGCGAAAAUGUUCGAAGCCAAAGCGGUGAAAUUGACAACCGGAAGUCAGAGACCGGAAAUGAAAUCGACAACUUCCGGAAAUUCAACCAACGAAAUAAAAGCAAAUAUCAAGCGUCUGCUGCCAAUUUGUUUGUAAAGGACGACGAAAGUAACGAAACGAAGCCGAAGUGUGUGUAUUGUGGUGAAUUUCAUUUUUCAGCUUCCUGUAUUCAUGUUAAAGACCCAAGCAAGCGAAAGGAUAUUUUGACCAGAGAUAAACGUUGUUAUUUAUGUCUAAGAACAGGGCACAUAACAAGGAAUUGCAAGAAACAACAAAACUGUCGAUGGUGCGAAGGUCGACACCAUCAAUCGAUUUGUCAGCGUGAUGUAAAGAGUAAAACACCAGAAAACACUACCAAAGGUGAUUCGACUAGUGGUGCGGCUCAAGGUCAAAAUCAUACAACAACAACUACAACAAACGGGAAUUGCUCCAAGGUUCUUUUACAAACAGCCACCACAUUUGCCUAUUCAAGUCAACAGUCGGCAACGGUUCCAGUUCGAGUUUUAAUGGAUAGUGGCAGCCAGCGAACGUACAUAACCAAUGGUUUAAAAGAAAAGCUCGGGUUGCAACCCACUAAAACAGAAACGUUAAAGUUAAAUACAUUUGGAGGAGAUCGAUUCAGCAAGAAAAGGUGUGAUGUUGUACAGUUAAGUUUGCAAGGAAGUGAUGGGGAUAUCGAGAUUUCAGCAGUAUGUUUUCCCAAGAUUUGUUCGCCUAUUCCCACAAAGAUUUGUCCUGAAAGAUAUCCGCAUUUGAAGGGAUUGAACCUGGCUGACGUUAAACUGAGCGAAAGCGAUGAACUUGAACACGAUAACAUUGAUAUUCUCAUUGGUUGUGAUUAUUAUUUCGAUAUUGUGAAUAACGAAAUGGUCCGAGGAGAGGGGAGAGGUCCUGUAGCGGUUUGCAGUAAAUUUGGUUGGAUAGUGUCGGGUCCAACAAUGCGUGAAGAAAAGAACGAUGAAUCCUCGAUGGUCCACCUUAUUAUGCAGAGAAAUGAGCUAGCAAGUCAAUCAUCGUAUGUUCAAAAUAAAGAUGGCGAACUGAUCGAAACUCUUAGAACCUUCUGGGACACAGAAUCAAUUGGAAUCACAAAUCACGAUAUUGGGAAUCCAGAGGAAUCCAAGUUUUUACGUGAAGUUAGCUUUGACGAACAAGAGGGUCGAUAUCAAGUUAGGUUGCCUUGGAAAACUGAAGCAUUGCCACAAUCAAACGGAUAUUCAACGUGUGUUCGAAGACUUAGACAACUUCAUUCCCAUUUAAAGAAAGAUAAACAUUUGCUAAAUGACUAUGACAGUGUAAUCAAGCAACAACUCGAAAGUGGCAUAAUCGAAGCGGUUCCUGAGGAAGAUGAUGAUAGUGAUGGAUCGUAUUAUUUACCUCAUCAUGGAGUACUUAGAGAAGACAAAGAGACAACCAAGUUGCGGGUUGUUUUCGAUGGGUCGGCUAAACCUAACGAGGAAAGUCCUUCAAUUAACGAGUGUCUGGAAAAGGGACCCAAUCUUGUUCCGAAUUUAUUUGACACAGUUAUCAAAUUCCGAAGUCAUCCGAUAGGUAUUGUUGCAGACAUAGAAAAAGCGUUUCACCAAAUCCAGAUAUCGCCUGAGGACAGACGAAUGCUGCGGUUCCUUUGGUUCGACGAUAUCACUGAACCUGUUCCGAAAAUCCGACGAUUCCAGUUUUGUCGACUAGUGUUUGGGCUUACCCCUAGCCCAGCAGUUUUGGCAAGCAUCAUUCAACAUCAUUUAAGUAGACAUAAAGAAAGGGAACCUGAAAUGGUUUCUUUGCUCAAUGAUUCAUUUUAUGUCGAUGACUUUGCUGGAGGAGCAAAAACUGAUGAUGAUGCGGUAGAGGUUUAUGAAAAGGCGCAAGCAAUUAUGAAAGACGGUGGUUUCACUCUCCGAAAGUGGAUGUCAAAUUCAAAGAAAUUCCGAGAAAUGGUCGAAAAAAAUGAAGAGCAUCAAUCAUACGUGAACGCGGACAAACCAACACUCAACCAAGGUAAACAAGAUGUAACACAAACGAGUUCGAAUGAGAUUGUAAAGGUCCUUGGUUUACACUGGAACGUGCAAAGUGACGUAUUCCAAUUUGAAACCACCGAAUUAGUGCGGUAUGCCCUAACUCUACCACCCACGAAGAGAUCGGUCCUUAAACUGCCAGCGAAAAUCUUUGAUCCGAUUGGUAUAUUAGCGCCCUUCACGAUCAAUAUGAAGUGUCUGUUUCAAACUUUGUGUGUUGAAAAUGUCGAAUGGGAGCGCCGAAUUAAGCGGUAAAUCAUUAAGUACCUGGAAUUCGUUGCUAAGAGAUCUUUUGGCAAUAAAAUCAAUCCGCAUGCCCCGAUGUUAUUUUACCAAGUCAAGCCCAAUCUCAACUCAUCAGAUCCAUGGAUUCUCUGAUGCUUCAGAAAAGGCGUAUAGUGCGGUUGUUUAUCUGCGUACAGAAUAUCAAGACGGAACUGUCGAAGUAAACUUGAUUCGUCAAAGACGAGAGUAGCGCCUUUAAAAAGACAGUCGAUUCCAAGGCUCGAACUGCUUGGGGCAAAUAUUUUAGCUCGAUUGGUGAACACGAUAUUGAAAACACUUUCAGCAAUCAUCGAUGAUCCAGAGGUAUUUUUAUGGACGGACUCCUAUACGACGCUUUGUUGGAUAAGAAAUUACAAGAUGUGGAAACAGUAUGUUCAACGCCGUGUGACAGAAAUCCGAGAGCUUACAAACGAAAAGCAUUGGCACUUUUGUCCAGGUGAACUCAACGUAGCGGAUUUGCCAUCGCGUGGUUGCUCUGCAAUUGCAUUAGCUGAAAAUGACACGUGGCUCCAUGGACCAAAGUUCCUUAAAGAUCCUAAAGACCAAUGGCCUAAAUGUCCUCAACCUACCAAUUUAGAAACCGAUGUCGCUUUGUCAGAAACUGUCAAGACUCGUCCUACUGUUACGUACAGUCUUGUUAAUUUAACGGACGAUCUACUUUCGCAUGCCAGAAUUGGAUUGGUAAUGGAGUGUAACAAAUAUAGUAGUGUAACAAGAUUGUUAAGAGUCACCGCGUUUGUUCUACGAUUCAUCAGGAAGUUGAAAAGGCAAGAAACGAGUGACAAUUCUAUACAGAUCUUAAGUGCUAACGACAUCAAGGAAGCCGAGAUCCUUUGGGCCAGAGAAGUACAAGCGGUAUCAUUCCCUGAAGUGACUCGCCUUUUAGGCUCAAAACAGCGGGUUAACAACCAACUUAUUAAUCAGUUAAACUUGUUUCGCGAUAAGAACAAUCUCAUUCGUUGCGAGGGACGUCUGGAACAUUCAAGUUUGUCAGUUGAUUCAAAUAAUCCCAUUCUAUUACCCUCCAGACACCAUUUUACAGAUCUAAUUAUCCGAGAUCGACACUACCAUGUUCAUCACUGCGGGAUUAACGAUACGUUGAACUGCAUUCGUAAUACUUAUUGGAUUUUACGAGGACGAGAAUCCGUAAAACGUGUAUUGAAGAAAUGUGUAACUUGCAAACGACACGAAGGAAAACCGUUUUCCACCCCUAAAGUUCCGCCAUUGCCACCCAGCCGAGUGAGUGACGAACCGCCCUUCACAAACAGUGGCCUCGAUUUUGCUGGUCCUCUGUUAGUUAGAGACGGUGAGAAAACCGAGAAGUCAUAUAUAUGCCUGUACACUUGCGCUUCUACCAGAGCGAUUCAUUUAGAGUUGCUAAAGAAUUUAUCAACAGAUACAUUUUUGCAAUCUUUCCGACGCUUUACUGCUCGACGAGGCCUAGCAAGGAAACUAAUUUCCGACAACGCAAAAACUUUCAAAGCUGCGGCCAAAGAAAUCGAGAAAAUUUCAAGAUCACACGACGUUCAACGUUUCCUUACAAACAAAGGAGUUGUUUGGGAUUUCAUUACAGAAAAAGCACCGUGGCACGGUGGAUUUUGGGAGCGCCUAAUCAAGACUACGAAACGUUGUUUAAAGAAAUCAAUGGGGAAAACUUUUCUUUCGUUCGAAGAAAUGCGAACAAUGUUGGUUGAAAUAGAAUCGACUUUGAACAACAGACCACUAACAUACGUUUACGAUGACAAUGAAGGUGUUUCGCUUCCAUUGACUCCGUCCUGUCUCAUAUACGGAAGAAGAAUAGCGACAACUCCAAAUGAUUCACAGUUUGAGAUCUCAAGUACGAAUCAAUCGCUCACACGUCGAGCGAAGCAUCAAAAUCGAGUGUUAAAGAACUUUACAACGCAAUGGAAGAAAGACUAUUUGUUAAGUUUACGAGAGUCGUCAAAGGCACAAUCCAGAGGUGCUGAGAUAAUAUCUGUUGGAGAUAUUGUAGUCCUGAAGAACGAAAGUACUGCACGUAUUUUCUGGAAACUGGCGAAGGUUGAGGAACUUAUUACAAGCAAAGAUAACAUUGUGCGAUCAGCGGAAGUCGGUCUUUUGAAUGAAGCUAACAAGAAGAUUCAGCUGCGAAGACCCAUUCAACAUUUGGUUCCGCUUGAAAUAAGCUGGAAGAACAUGACAUAG